UCGAGCCCUCGGCCGCUUCCGAGGCGGCGGAGAGCGGAAGGGAAAGAGAGCGGCGCGCUCCCUUUUCGGCUAGGUGAUCAAAAGAAGGCACGGAGAAGAAAGGAGAGGGAGCGCACGGAGACUUACUUUUGCCGCGGCUUCUCCCGGUCUUCCUUCUAUUCCCCCCUCAUCAUUCAUUCAUUCUCUCUCUCUCUCCCCCCCUAUCCCCCCCUCUCCCCUUGUUUUUGUGUGGGGGAGACGCUUAUUUAAGAGACGCCUCCACCACCUUCCCGUGCGCGCAGUCCCUUUCCAGAACGCGCCCGUCCUUUCGCGCGCCCCUUCGGACGAUCGCCUCGCACCGACUCGACGCAAGUGUUUGGCCGUCUUUGUCAAGUUCGCCUCCCCGGCUGCCUCUCCUUCCCCCGCUGCUCCCCUUCUUUGCGCCGGGCACUGAGGCGACGAGCAACUUUUUCCAAGCCGCCGCCGCCGCCGCCGCGUCGUGAGCAGAGCACCAUGGAAGUUACCGCGGACCAACCGCGCUGGGUCAGCCACCAUCACCCGGCCGUUCUCAACGGGCAGCACCCGGAUUCCCAUCAUCCUGGACUGGGCCAUUCCUACAUGGACCCCACGCAGUAUCCUCUGGCGGACGAGGUGGAUGUACUUUUUAACAUUGACGGACAGGGCAGCCACGUCCCCUAUUAUAGCAACUCGGUGCGGGCGACGGUGCAGCGGUACCCUCCGGCCCAUCACGCAGGUGGCCAGGUGUGUCGCCCGCCUUUGCUGCACGGCUCUCUCCCUUGGCUGGAUGGGAGCAAAGCACUGGGAAGCCACCACAGCGCCUCCCCCUGGAACCUGGCUCCCUUCUCCAAGACUCCCAUCCACCAUAGCUCGCCUGGACCUCUCUCUGUCUACCCUCCGGCGUCAUCCUCUACUUUGUCUGCAGGCCACUCCAGCCCACACCUGUUCACCUUCCCACCAACCCCUCCCAAAGAUGUAUCCCCGGACCCCUCCAUUUCCACCCCGGGUUCCACCGGAUCCAGCCGGCAAGAAGAGAAGGAAUGCAUUAAGUACCAGGUGUCUCUGGCUGACACCAUGAAGUUGGAGUCCUCCCAUUCCCGGAGCAGCAUGGCCUCACUAGGGGGAGCCUCUUCCUCAGCUCACCACCCCAUCUCCACCUACCCUUCCUAUGUCCCUGAAUAUGGCUCUGGACUCUUCCCCCCUAGCAGCCUGCUAGGGGGGUCGCCGACUGGAUUUGGGUGCAAAUCCAGACCUAAAGCACGUUCCAGCACAGAAGGCAGGGAGUGCGUAAACUGUGGCGCGACUUCGACCCCAUUAUGGAGGAGAGAUGGGACUGGGCAUUACCUCUGUAACGCCUGUGGACUGUAUCAUAAAAUGAAUGGGCAGAACCGUCCCCUCAUAAAGCCCAAGAGAAGGCUGUCGGCUGCAAGGAGGGCAGGAACAUCAUGUGCAAACUGCCAGACAACCACCACAACUCUCUGGAGGAGGAACGCCAACGGUGAUCCCGUGUGUAAUGCCUGUGGGCUGUAUUACAAGCUCCACAAUAUUAACAGACCCCUGACUAUGAAGAAAGAAGGCAUCCAGACCCGAAACCGAAAAAUGUCUAGCAAGUCGAAAAAAUGCAAAAAGGUCCACGACAGCUUGGACGAUUUCCCCAAGGCCAGCUCCUUCAACCCCACCGCCCUUUCGAGACACAUGUCUUCCAUCAGCCACAUCUCUCCUUUCAGCCACUCGGGUCACAUGCUCACCACACCGACUCCGAUGCACCCGCCCUCCGGCCUGUCCUUCGGGCCCCACCAUCCGUCCAGUAUGGUCACCGCCAUGGGCUAAGAGCUUAUCGGAGAGAGAGAGACUUCCCUGCUACAAUGCUUUUUAAGUUCUCAAAAUGAGAGGUACAUGAAUAUCCUUGCCUCAUUGUAGGCGAGUGCUUUGCCCAUUCAAAGCCCUUGGACACAAAUGGAAAGAAAAAGACAGACAAGAUAUAUAUAAAUUCUAAAGCUGGCUGAAGGCAUAAAAACAAAUAUUGUGGAAAGGCGACUCGUGGCUGCUGUCUCACGCUGGUGCAUUCUCAGCCGUGGAGUUGAGGUCCCCUUUGUGAAUAAACCAUUCCGGCGCAACUCCGCUCUUGAACUGGGUUUCUAGUGCUGCGAAAAAGCGACAGACCGUUUUCCGGCCCUCUUUCCUCAUCCCCAAAGAUAAGCAGAUCUAUGUUGAACACUGUAUAACUUAUAUUGUAAGAAAUGCUGUACAUUUUUGAAGAGGACUCUGACAUCAGCUUAGCUGUAAAAAGGAAAAAAAAAGGAAAAAAAUGAAAGAAAAGGAAGUGGCUUGGAGCUGUUGAUCAAAGCCCCACAAAUGAAAUGCUGAGAGGAACAUCUCGUGGUUCAGUUUGAGAAGAACGAGGUUGGACCGGCAAACAGACAAACUGCCUGUUGUGUGUUUCUUUAUUUCUCUCUCUCUCUCUCUCUCCCUCUCUCCCUCUCUCUCUCUCUCUCUCCCUUUUUCUUGUUCCUCACUGGCUCCAGUUGUUUUGAUGCAUUAAAAAAAAACCCGAAUCCAAGUUUUUGUAGGCAAAUCAUCCAUUCCAGGCUGUGAGCCUCUGAAAAAGAGGGAAAUUUUAAAUGGUUUCAAGGCAAUUGGUGUGACAUGCAAGCUUGCUCCUGCGACAAGUUCGUCCAGGCCUAUACGCAUUGUGAACCAGUUCCUGUAAUUGUUGUUAGUAUGUUAUCACUCAAAGCACCAAAAUAAGGCAAGAUGUAGAUUUAUUUCAUCCUAUGAUACAGACUCUGAAUGGUUGUACAAAUUUUACUUACUGCUAGUGUUAAAAACCGCGCUUUUGGGUUUGUUUUCAUAUUUUCCUCCUUUUUUUUUUUUUGGAGAAUAAACUAGAUUAAAUUCUAUUGCUCUGAUGCUGGUGUUUUGGAGUGCUGGAAAAAGUUCCUGUGGGCGCAGUUCCACUAGAAUGCAAUUUUACAUUUGCUGCAAGGGAAAUGCACAGAAUUGAGAAUUGUCCCUGAGGAGAUGCGCUUAUUCCCCGCCACCCGCCACCCGUUGCUUCUGCCUGUAAGAAGCAUUAAAACGACAUGUUGCAAUGUCCCAGUGAAGCAGGGACAUCACCUGUGUUCCGGAUCUUGACCCUUGUAAUC